AUGCAGUCUCCUGCGAUGCAGUCUAAGAAAAAGAAGUUUAUUGAGGUCACCAUCAUCGAUGAUGAAGAAUACGAAAAGGAAGAGAACUUCUACGUGGAGCUGGGCCAGCCCAAACUCAUCAAGAGAGGAAACGGGAAACCGGUGCGGGAUUUUUCGACCAGGCGAGGCAACCAUUGGACACCUUCAGGAUGCAAGGACGGGGGAAGCGACAAUGAAUCCUAUACCAGCGAGCACGACGACAGCUACAAGCUCAUGUCUGAAGAGGAUCGCCGGAUCGCCGACAUGGGUAAACCACAGCUGGGUGAGAUGACGAGACUGGACGUCAAGAUCAUGGAGAGCACCGAGUUUAAGAACACUGUCGACAAGUUGAUCCAGAAGACCAACGUUUCUUUGGUGGUCGGUACCUCGUCAUGGAGGGAGCAGUUUGUUGAGGCACUCACAGUCAGUGCAGGGGAUGAUGAGGAAGACGGUGGAGAGGAGAAGCUGCCCUCGUGUGGCGACUACGUCAUGCACUUCCUGACCAUCUUCUGGAAGCUGCUGUUUGCCAUCGUGCCGCCUACCGACCUCCUGGGCGGCUGGGCCUGCUUCGUCUUUUCCAUCGUCAUGAUUGGGGUUCUGACGGCUUUCAUCGGCGACCUGGCUGAACACUUCGGCUGCACCAUCAACCUCAAGGCCACCGUCACCGCCAUCUCAUUUGUGGCGCUGGGGACCAGUGUACCUGACACAUUUGCCAGCAAGGUGGCUGCCGUGGGUGACAAGCAUGCCGAUGCCUCCAUCGGCAACGUGACGGGCAGCAACGCAGUCAACGUGUUCCUGGGGAUCGGGGUAGCGUGGACCAUGGCAGCCAUUGCCAACUACAACGAACCCAGAGGCUUUGAGGUGGACCCUGGGGCUCUGGGCUUCUCCGUCAUGCUCUUCACCAUCCUGGCCGUCGUGGCCAUCGUGUUAUUGAUGGUGCGGCGUAAGAUGAGCCGAAUCGGCGGGGAACUCGGGGGGCCGGCCGGCUUUCAGGUGGUGACCAGCGCUUUCUUUGUCAUGCUGUGGCUGACGUAUCUGACCCUGUGCAGCCUGGUAGCCUACGAUGUCAUCGAGUGGGGCGACAAGAAGAAGUAGGACCAGAGGCCCGGCAACUUGACCCCUGGACUGGCAGGCAACUCAACGGCUAUUUGGACGAAGAAACAAAUUUCCAAGUCCUCUUCGAAGAAGCGGAUCAGAGUGGAGUUGCUGCAGGCUCCAAGGCCUGCACGGAGUAGGGAUUUGUUUGAGGCAAGCGAGGCUUUUGCACGCAGAGGCAGCCGAGUUGAGUUUUGAUGCCUCGCCUAAGAACUGCCAACACUUGAAGGCCUCAUGAGAAAGGCCAGAAGAGAUGCAUGUUACUGUGAGAUUAUGAAAGAAACUUGGAAGAAGCUUGGAAUAUUGAAACAGUUGCCCUGAAUCGGUCCCUGUUUUUCAUAUUAAAUGGUAGUGAAUAAGGCCAUAGUCCAGAGCUGUAUGUGGUGUGAUUUAAAAAAAAAAAAAAAAAAAAGAACAAGAAGGGUAUCCUGCCCUUUUUGAGGAAUAGACCAAGCAAAAAAGUUUCAUAAUUUAAAUCCUUUAAACUCGUUCAUAAACUUUUGCUUUUGAGAGGCACAUUAUGUGCGGUAUUCAAAUCUUGGUAGGUACGUAUAAUAUUUUCCCCUGCCAAAAAAAAAUACUAGAUUUCAGGCCUUUUGACUGUAAUUAACAGUUAGUGAAGAACUCUCUGAUUUUGUUUUUAAGAAAUUUUGACUGAAAACUACAUGUAUGUGAAAUUAAAGUAGUCGCGCAGGGAAUAAGGUUAGUAAAGUUAUGGUACAUUGUACACGUGAGAAGCAAGACUGAAUAGUCAAAGACAUCAGAACAGUUUGAAAUUGGAUUGAGUCAAGAAAUACUCAUUUUUUUAGGGAGACAUGUAUACAUAGAUUUACCAUAUCUGCAUCAGUUGAUGUACUGAAUUUAGUAUUGGAUUACUCGAAACGGCGUUUGACUGAAUAUUCCGAUAUUCAAAACUACCAGCUGCAACUAACUGCAUACGGCGCCGGUGAAAAGUUGCCAGUUAAAAUUUGCAUGCAGGUGCGCUGGAGCGUUUUGCAGCAAGCAUUUUAUAACUGUAAAGGGCUGUAAUGUGCUAGGAAGAUGUGAAUAAUGCACCGCC